AUGGUAGAUCAUAAGAAGGAAGUCAACAAAGAUAAUGAGCUAACAUAUAAAGUUGGGGUUGCAGAAAAUAAAAAUGCACGAUUUCGUCGAACGAUGGAAGAUGUGCAUACUUUUGUAAAGAAUUUUGCAUCUAGAUUAGACUGGGGCUACUUUGCUGUAUUUGAUGGGCAUGCUGGUAUUCAGGCCUCCAAAUGGUGUGGGUCACAUUUGCAUACAGUAAUUGAAGAAAAAAUACUAGACGACGAAACAAGAGAUAUAAGAGAUGUUUUAAACGAAUCGUUUGUAACGAUUGAUAAACAUAUUAAUUCAGAAUUGACUGGCAGUAGUGGAUGUACAGCAGCAGUAUGUGUUCUUCGUUGGGAAGUUCCUGAUGAUAUAUCAGUAGAUAAUAUCAAUCUCACACAACAUAAACGUAAAUUAUAUACAGCAAAUGUCGGUGACACUCGAAUAGUAUUGUUUAGAAAUGGUAGUAGUAUUAGAUUAACAUAUGAUCAUAAGGCGUCAGAUCAAUUAGAGAUGGAAAGAAUUGAAAGUGCCGGUGGUUUAAUUAUGAAAAGUAGAGUGAAUGGUAUGUUAGCAGUUACACGUUCAUUAGGUGAUAAGUUUUUUGAUAGCCUCGUAGUAGCGACACCCUUCACAACAAGCGUUGAGAUAACCGACCAAGAUGAGUUUUUAAUUAUUGCAUGUGAUGGGUUAUGGGACGUUAUUGAAGAUCAAGAAGCAUGUGAAAUGAUUAAAGAUAUUAACGACCCUAAUGAAGCCGCUAAAAUAUUAGUUAGAAUGGCAUUAGAAAAAGGAACUACUGAUAAUGUUACAGUAAUGGUAGUUUUCCUAUAA